CGCCCUCAGCCGGGGCCACGGCGGCGCCUCGGCGGUUUUGCGACGGCCGUAAGUGCGCGCGGCGCCGGCGGAGCGCAGGGACCGGGCCGGGCCGGACGGGAGCGGGGCGGCGGCGCCAUGAGGCCGCAGCAGGCGCCCGUGUCGGGCAAGGUGUUCAUCCAGCGCGACUACAGCGGCGGCACGCGCUGCCAGUUCCAGAGCAAGUUCCCGGCCGAGCUGGAGAACCGGAUUGACAGGCAGCAGUUUGAGGAGACAGUCAGGACACUGAACAACCUCUAUGCAGAAGCUGAGAAACUUGGGGGCCAGUCUUACCUCGAGGGUUGUCUGGCCUGCCUGACUGCCUACACCAUCUUCCUGUGCAUGGAGACGCACUAUGAGAAGGUUCUAAAGAAAAUUGCCAAGUUCAUUCAGGAACAGAAUGAGAAGAUCUACGCUCCUCAGGGCCUCCUGCUGACAGACCCCAUCGAAAGAGGACUAAGAGUUAUUGAAAUUACCAUUUAUGAAGACAGAGGUUUGACCAGUGGAAGAUAAAACUGUGGAGUCUCAGAUGACAGCUCACCGGUGGACUCGCUGUACCAAGGUUCCCCUACCUCCUCCUUUAGAGCAUCAUUCCUUUCUCUGCUGCCAGAUCCACAGUGCCAUCUACUACAAGGACUAACCUCCUCAAACUGCUCCCCGGGGGUGACCUAGCUGCUCAGCAUCCACUUUGCAGUAGAUUUGGAAGCAAGAGGAUCACUUUUUUUUACUUUUUGUUUGGUUUGGGUUUUUUUUCUCCCCUCAAGAAAAGGCAGAAGUGGUAAAGCUGUGUUGUCUCCUGAAAGAAAUGGGGCUCCCAGCCCAAGAGAGGUUUCGUUUUAGUCCUGUCAGUGCAGUGCUGUUUGUCCCUGGUUCUUAAACCUUUCUGUGUCUCAGCUGGGCCUUGGAAAGCUCCAGCUCAAAGUUGGGAAUUUCCCUCCAGCUCAGCGUAAGAGUGCAGAGACACUUCCCAGUGAGGAGUGACUCCAGGCAGCCUCUCUUGUGCUGAUCCUUGUGGAAAACCAGAAGGCAAAUGUUCCUUGAGUUAUCCCAGGGGGAAGGGGCUGUAGCCAGACUUUAACCCUGGUGGGAUUUCUGCCCCAUCAGUGCUCACCAAGAGGGGCCAGGUCAGCCAUCAAACAGUGAAGUGGAUGCUGAGCCAAUAAAAAGAAUGAUUCCCACCCUUCUCUGAUUAAUACGUGAAGUGUAAAACUGUUUCUUUAUGGAUUUCUUAUAUAUAAUUUAUAGGAAAACACUGAUUUGACAAACUAAGAUGGAUUUCUUAAUUCUGUCUCUGGCACACACCGAGGAGCCGAGCUGUGCAUUCCUUGGCAUUGCUAAGAACUGGCCCCGUGCAUUGCUCAGCAUUCCUGCACGAGGGGAGCUCCCCACCAUCCAAGCUGGCCCAAUCCCUUCUCGCACCCCCUUCUCCCGUGUCCAAGCCCAGGGGCCGUGUCCAGUUGUGGCAGGAACUCAGGAGUUCAGAGUUUUGAAGGGUUUGGAGGGGCUGGGUGGGUUGGUGGAGGUGCUGCAGGUGCUAAUACUGGAUCUGGAACUCCAGGCUCAUUCCUCAGCCACUGGGGGGUUGAGAUUUGAUUAAUAUUUUCAUUGUAUAAAUUUGGUUUUUUUCUAAACUGUAACGGUGUUUGCCUUUCACAGCUGUUGCAAUAUUGGCAGAAGUGCUGAUGGAUCAGUAAACCUUUUCUUAAACUGUG